AUGAAAGUGAAAGUUAGAGACAGUGCAAAAUUGGAGAAGUCAAGAUCCGACCUCUUGUGUACAGAGCACAGCUCAACAAAGGUCAACUCAACCCACAUAAACGCUUACAGUGCUCUUGAUCGCUUCUACGAAUGGAUCAAAAACCACACAGUUUUGGAGGAUUUCGCACAUCUCUUGCCAAGAUUUGAUUCUGCAGCCCUAGUCACUGAUUACAACUUACUAUCGUCUGAUUCGACUCGAGCGAUCGGUGGCUUGGCAGACAUAGCGGCUGCUUGCCGGAUCAACUCAGUGUCCAUCAACAAGGACUCUGGAGCCUAUCACGAUGGUGACAACAACGAUUGCCUAUCAACUGAUCAAUUCCUAAUGGCUAUGGCGCCGAAUUCAGUGGCAGACGAGUUGUUUAACAACUCCUACAAAAUGUCAGAGUGUAGUGUGGCUUCUAUCCAUAGAUAUAUCAGUAACUUGAACUAUAACCAAAGAAACUGUUUACUAGACGGCCAAUCGGAAGCGCGGGAAAAGGACGAUGACGAUGACAGCAAAGAACAAAAAACAACAAAUAAACAUAAAAACACGUACAAAGACAACGUAAUUAGGUACAACAUCACGAAGAAAUAUGCGCUAGAUAAUGCAACCUUGGCGCCGGGUCAAAGGUUCAGUCUGGACGACCAGUGCAAACAAAUUUAUGGCCGAGACUCGUACCAUUGUAAGGGCGGUGGACUGAUGGUGACUGAAGUCUGUAAGAAAAUGCUCUGCUACAAACCGGAAACGCGAGAAUGCUUCAGUGACGUCAAAACUAGAGCCGCCGAGGGCACUUCCUGUCGAAACAAGUCCUGGUGCAAAAGAAGCUACUGUCUGAAGGACUCGAACGCUCCUGAAUUUAACACCGACUGCCCGUACGGCGACUACAAGGGCGUCAUUAACACUUACGAGCCGGACAGAACGAUCACUUGUAGACAGAUUAGUAGGAGUAACGCCUACUACUGCUACGAAGAUUACUACAAAGACAGAUGCUGUGAAACCUGUAAGAAACUGGCAGACAACUCUCUCCCCGGCUGUGAGUUCGGCGAUAAAGACGUUAGCAGAUGUUCAAAAAUCAAGCCGAGUGAGUGCUACGAUGAGAAUAUGCACAAGGAAUGCUGCCACACCUGCCCGAAGAAAACCAUAAAAACCGACAAUCCAGACUGUCUGUACGGUGACAAGGCUGAAUGGUGCGAUCGAGUCACCAAAAACAUGCCUUACCAUUGCUACAACGACCUUGGAAUCUGCUGUCACAGCUGUCCGAAACUUAGUAUUGGAGUUUUGGGUUGCGAAUAUGGCGACAAAGGAACUGGUUGCUCUGCGCUGAACUGUAUCGAGCGUAACUACUGGAGCUACUGCUGCAAGACCUGCCAGGGCGACAUCUUAAACGCCAACUACCAACUGAACUUCACUACCACUACUACCAAAAUCCCGACGACCUUGAAGACAACGAUUGACCUUAAGAAUGAGGAUUUGCCAGAAAGGGAUCGUGCCUCGUGGUGCAGACGAAUCCAUCCGGCCGAAUGCUACAGAAGUAACAACACCUGCUGUUACACCUGUUAUGAUUAUUACGAACCGGAGAACAAAGGUUGUGAGUAUGGGGACAAAAAUAAAAUGUGCAGUCUGGAACAAUGCAGGAGAGGUCAAUAUUACUUGGACCAAUGUUGCGACACAUGUGAAGACUACCUGACGACAACCGUAAAAUCGCAGCCAACACAAACAACAACCACACAAAAAGCUACCACAACUACCGCCACUACCACUACUAAAACUACCGCUACCACUACUACCACUGCUACCACUACUACUACUACUACAACCGCUACUACUACUACUACUACUACAACCGUGCACCCGAAAUGCCCAAGAGGGGAUUUGCUGUCUUGGUGUAGUAGGAUUAAACCCCAAGAAUGUUACAGGUCGGAGUCAAAUUGUUGCUACAAAUGUUUAAAUUUUUCCAUCGAAGUUGAGGAAAAAUACGGCGCUAUGCCUGAAUGCAAGUACGGCAACAGGCGAAUCGACUGCGACCGAUACUACUGCUACGACAAAAAUUACGCCAAAUCAUGCUGCAUAACUUGCAGUGCCGAACUUACCACCACUAUCAGCACCACUACCACCACCACCACCACUACUUCUACUCCUUCCACUACUACUACUACUACUACUGCUGCUGAAGAAACUUAUGGAGUAUUUAUUGGAAAACUUGGUUGCGAGUACGGGGAUAAAGCAUCAUGGUGCCCUGAUCAGGUGCGGAAAAAUUCCAAAGACUGCCUCAAGGUUUCCUCUUCCGUCGGUACGGAGUGCUGUCAAUCCUGCAAAGCCAUCAAACAAGAAAACGGAAACGGAAAUGGAAACGGAAAUGGACAUAAUACGGGUACCGGAAAUGGAUACAGUGAAGAAAAUGGCGGAUACAAUAACAACGGAAGUUGCGAAUACGGUGAUCGAGUGAACUGGUGUCAGUCGAAAAUGAAAACUGAAGAGCAUUGUACAAGCCGGAGAGAUAUGGCCGACCUUUGCUGCUGGACAUGCUUCUUGCUCUCUAAAGAAGGAAAAGCAUACACACACAGCAAGUGUUUGGAUGAAGCGAGUUGGUGUGAGAAAUUGAAAGCACACGAAUGCUACAACGAAAAUACUGAGAGGACCUGCUGUUCCAAGUGCUUCGAAUUGAGGCAGGGGAAAUCUGGAAAAUGCCGUUACGGUGAUCAUGUGUCAUGGUGUGUUGCACCGACUGACUGCUGGGAGCAUUACAAAAAGUGCUGUAAGACGUGCGAAGCUGACGAUGAUGACGAAUAG